AUGGAAAAUCUUCCUAGUGAACUACUUAUAGAAAUAUUCAAGUAUAUCGACACCCCAAUUUCGCUUAUUCUUGUUAAUAAAGAAUUUCAUAGGCUGUAUACUAGUCCCGUGGCAAAAUCGCUCAAAAACAUUAAAAUUCAAAACACCGAAGACAAUAAUUUCAAUCAUCAAACCACUGGAGAUAAUACUUACAUUCGUAAAAACUCUCUAGACAAUAAUUCCAUUCGUCAAAAUUCUGUAGACAAUAAAUCCGUUCAUCAGAACUCUGUAGACAAUAAUCCCAUUUGUCAGAACGUAGACAAUAAUUUCAUCGCGAAAGAUGAUAUAGAUGAUAAAGAUGAUAAAGAUACUUCAUCAUCUAUAGAGGAAGAAGUUAACGAUGACUAUUUUAUUAAUUUAUGGAUUGACAUAGAAUCAAUGCCUUAUCAUUCUAAGAAAACCCCAGUUAUAAUUAAAAAUUUUGCCGAAAAAAUUCUUUCAACCUAUGAUGAUUAUUGCAAACACCAUGUACCAUUCGAGACCUUCCAUUUACAACUGUUGAGAAAAUCAAAUGAGGCCACUACGUUGAAACCUUUUUUUGAUAUUUUUUUACCAAGAGUAUUCAACAUCGAGCCAAUAACACACCAAUAUGAAGAAGCAAAAAAAGACGACGACAACAAUGAUCGCAGUCAUAACAAUAGUCAAUUGAACAAUAUGGAUUCUGACAAAAAAAUAUGGUUUCAUGAAUUAAAAAAAGAAUACAAUCUGAUAUUUGAUGCUGCUAAUGACUUUACUGAUUUAUAUAAAGAAAAUAUCAUUAUGAUACAUGGUCGUAUAAUAAAGACAAAAGUCAUUUGA